UGUCCAUAGCAACCAAGGACAAACAUGGCCAAUGUUAACCACACCGAGAGCCGCUCCAAACGAGUCUUUUUCAACAACAUCGACUCAUACUCAUCCAAAUAUAUCGCGCAGUUCUUGUCGUCAUGUGUCGUCGGAGAGUCUCUCGCUGAUGAAGAGGAGGAAGACAAACAAGAGCUGGCUUCAGAUGGCGCACGAUUUCAGAUAGUCGGAACAGUUGCGAAUAAAGGUGCAAAAAAACAACGUUUUGCAUUGGAGGAAUAUUGGUCUGUGAGUCAAGAGGAGCUCCUGCAGUAUCUGAUGCAGUGUGAUGUUAUUGUGUAUAAUAUCACUGAACACACUGAUCUCAUAGAUGAGGCAACAUGGGCCAUUUCAGCCCUGCACUCUGAAAUUGAACAUUUUGGGUCUUCAAAAAUAUUUAUCCUGCUGUCAACAAUCAUGACAUGGGCAAUGACCAAACCAGCUGAUCCUGAUGAUCCUGACAUUCCCUUGACUGAAGACGACUACAGGAGACGAAGACCACAUCCAAACUUUAAAGAACACACAAGCACAGAGAAACUUGUGCUUAAACUGGGGAAGACUAAAAAGUCAAAGCUGUCUACUUAUGUUGUAACAUCGGGGCUGCAAUAUGGAAUGGGAGAGAGCAUGUUUCACUUCUUCUUUAAAACAGCUUGGCUCGGAGAGCUUAGCAGCGUGCCUGUUUUUGGCUCUGGGACAAACAUCAUUCCUGCCAUUCACAUCCACGACCUUGCAAGAGUGGUGCAAAACAUCAUCGAUCACAAACCAAAAGCACACUACUUCCUCGCUGUGGACGAUUCCAAGAACACUUUUGAAGACAUUGUGAAAGCCAUUGCCUCUGCCCUGGGUUCUGGACAAAUAGAAAAAGUCCCAAAGGAGGAUGCCUGUGGCACAAAGGCAAUUACGAAAACCGACCUGCUUUACCUCAGUGUCAACCUUCAGACUGAGUCGCUUUUCUUAAAGGAUAAAUUAAACUUCCGCUGGGAUUAUGACUCUGGGAUUGUUGAUAACAUAUUUCGUGUGGUGGAGGAAUACAAACAGACACGGCAACUGUUGCCAAUAAAAAUCUGUCUUCUUGGGCCCCCUGCUGUUGGCAAAAGCUCAGUUGCUGCAAAGUUGUGCAGAUAUUACAAACUUCAUCAUAUUAAUGUCAACGAAGCCAUCGAUGAGAAAGUCAGACAACUUAAGGAACUGCUUGCGAGCAGUGAGAAGACACAGGAGACUGAGGAAAUGCUCACUGGUGCCGAAGAGAAGCUUAACACUAUAAAGAACAACAUGCUUCAGAACGAUGGCCAGUUGGAUGAGCAGCAUGUGAUGGACAUCAUAAGGGAGAAGCUAAACUCAAUGCCUUGCAGAAAUCAAGGAUUCGUUCUGGAUGGAUACCCAAAGACCUAUACACAGGCUAAAGAGCUUUUCCAUGAUGCAAACAUGGAAGUAGAAGAUACCAGAUCUUCAAUAUCUCAGUAUAGCAAAGUGUUGAUUCCAGAGUUCGUCUUCUCAUUGGAAGCCACUGAUGAAUUUCUUAAAGAGCGCGUCCGGAGUCUCCCGCAGCAUGUGGCAGAGGAAAUGCACUGCACUCAAGAAGAGUUUACAGAGAGUCUUGCAAAAUUCAGGGAGACUUCGCCAGAAGACGAGUCUUUGCUUGACUAUUUCGAUGAACUGGAAAUCCACCCCGAACACAUCGACGUCGAGAGCGUGGCCGCGGUGGAGAAAAUAAUUAAGACGGUGGGGCGGCCCAUGAACUAUGGCCUGAGUCCUGAGGAAAUGCAGGAGAAGAGGAAAGAGGAUGAAAGGCACCAGCAGCUGAAAAAGGAGGAAGUUGAGAAAGAACUCGUGGAGAAUGAUAAAAUGGCUGCGCUUUUGGACAAAUGGAACAGGAACGUGGCCGAGGUAAAGAAGCAGGAGCAGGAGCUCUUAGAGACACGAUCUGUCCCCGUGAGACACUACUUGAUGAAAUACGUCAUGCCCACUGUCAUACAAGGACUGGUGGACUGCUGUAAGGUCAAGCCUGAUGACCCUGUGGACUUUUUGGCUGAAUACCUCUUCAGGAACGACUCAGAUGAUUAGCUCAUUCUGCUAUAACAAGAAAGUGUCAUUAAAAGUGUUUUUUUUUUGUUUGUUUAAUCUCUAUAAACAGGUGUUAGAUAGCAUAAUACAGUAUUGAGUGUAUUUAACAAACCAAUCAAUAAAAUUAUAUAAAAUAAUGUGGAAAAUAUAAAAAACAUAAAUGUGAAACUUCAUACAAGUUGAACUUCGCGUAUCUUCGAUAUCAGAACAUGAGGACGUGAUUCCAUCAGAAAUCUCUACAGCCUGUCAAGGUACAACUGUGGAAAGCACUCGGAUGCUCCCUCCAGUGUACCAGAGUAUGUGAUUUUACCCUUAUUAGCUGAUAAUUCUGAUUAUGUUCAAGGACACAUUUCGAACAUAGCUGAGAAAACCUAGCGAUCAGGUGUUUUCAGUCUUAUCUGAAAAGAGCAGUGUUAGAGGGGUAACGCAUGCAUAAAACAAUUAGGAUACUUUUUUCAUGUUAAGAGUAAAGUAAUGUGUAACAAGUACGUGGAUUACAUAAGAAGAAUUUAAAAAAAAUAUUUUUUAUGUUUUUUUAACAAGCAAUGUAUUACAAGUAAUGUGCAUUACGUAAUCUUAAAUUGUGUAAAGAUAGUAGCUUGGAGAUUGGAGACAGGCUUAUUUCUGUCAUUUCAAGAUUUUUCUAUUGUAUGUGCAAUAAAUUCAGACUCAGAUCAUGUAAAAAUAAAGUUUAUUUGAAAUUACACCAAAAUAUUAACCCAAAUGAGUUGUGUAAAACUGGAAUGACUUAAGAAUGACAUAUGAUGUUCUCUCAACUCCAAGUCCUC